AUGUCACGGGUGUAUCUGCCGAUUCACCAGAUUACAGAUGAAACAAAUAACUGGACUGCACUAAUUCAAGUUGUUCAACGACCACCUGUUCAGACUAGCAAAAACAAUGCGUCUACGCUUUACCGUAGAUAUUUGUUUACAGAUGAGGAGGGAACAAAAGUUUAUGCGGUUGCUUAUAAUGCUGUUAUUGACGAGUUUGAUGAACUUCUUAUGCCAUACAAGAGAUACUACCUAUCUGGAGCAAAAGUUCGGCCCGAUGUUCCUUUAUAUCAAGUUAGUGACUACAAAUACAACUGGCUUAUAGUUUUGGGAACUAAUGUCGAAGAAUACCAAGAAUACAUUGACAACAAAAACCAUGUGACACAACUUGUGAACGAAGAAACAUACAAAAAUACAGACAAACUCAUCCCAAUGCCUGAAAUUACUGCUAUAGUCACUGUCCAGGAUGCCGUGGCAGUAAUGCGAAGUGUAAAAACUUGUUGGAUUAGCGAAAAAAUCAAAUUCAUUCAAGACAACAGGCCUUUGUGGACAACCACAUGUCACAUUUGUCGUAAGAAUUAUAACAUGCUCCCCAACACCCCAAUGAAAUGCCGUAUUUGUCGCGAGGACUCUCAUGUUGAAGCCCGGUGCCGCUUGCCAAUAACAAUCGAAGAUCAAACUGGAACUAUGAAUGCUGUAAUUUAUGGCGAGGAUGCAGAACUGUUAAUCACUUAUAGCGGCAAUCAACUAUAUGAGGCAGACCAACAGGGUCGUGAUUUAAGUAAAGAAAUUGCCGCAUCAGUCGCACGCCACAAAGUCGUCUGCUUCGUAAAACAAUCGGAAUCUGCUUACCACACAGUUAUCAAGCUUUACAGUAUUCAAAUGAUGAUGAUUGAAGGAAAUGCAUCUACAGUAGAGUCGUCUGGAAAAGAAAGUUCUACAACAGCCCCAUCCAAGGAAACAGAUCCAAAUCUCUUCAGCCCAACACUUAAAAAUGUGCUUGAGUCCGUCGCCAUCAAAAUCGAAAAGUCGCCAACUGUGCCCACUCCAGAAAGCUCGACCAAGAAACGAAUCAACUUUGACGCCCAGCAAGACACCACACAAACUAGUAGCUCACUCCAACCCGGUCAACACUACAACCAACACAGAAUACUGCCACAAGCCCUUCCAAGAAAAGUCGCCCAAAAAUGGAUUAGAUCCUUUACACCAGACUUU